AUGCUGCCCGGGAUCCCGGCUCUACUGCUCACCCUGAGCACCCUGUGCCCCGUACUCCGUGCCUUCAACCUGGACACCGACCGGGUCACCGUCUACACCGGGCCACCGGGCAGCUACUUCGGGUACUCGGUGGAUUUCUAUAUUCCGGACCCCACAACGGCAAGUGUUCUGAUCGGAGCUCCCAAAGCCAAUACCAGCCAACCAGAGAUUGUAGAAGGAGGUGCUGUCUAUAACUGCCCAUUCCCGAAGAAAGGGACGACCGAAUGCAAGCGCAUUCCAUUUGAUCUUACUAGCAACAGGCACAGCAGGCUGAAUGGAACCAAACAGGCCCUCGAAUUCAAGUCAAAACAAUGGUUUGGGGCAAUGGUCAGGUCUCACAAGGAAAAAGUUGUGGCCUGUGCACCUUUAUACCACUGGAGAAGCGUAAAAGAAGCCAGUGAACGGGACCCGGUGGGGACAUGCUACAUUGCUAUUCAGAAUUUCAGCUCAUAUGCAGAAUACUCUCCUUGUCGCAACCAUAACGCUGACCCUGCGGGACAAGGUUACUGCCAGGCAGGAUUCAGUCUGGAUUUUUACAAGAAUGGAGACCUCGCUUUGGGAGGACCCGGCAGCUAUUACUGGCAAGGACAGGUCUUCAGUGUCAGCAUUGCCGAAAUCAUUAAGGGGUAUUCCUUCAGGGCCAUCUUGCGGGAAGUGGCUGGAGAGAGAAGGACCAAAGUUGCUGACUCCAACUAUGACGACAGCUAUCUAGGAUACUCGGUGGCUGUUGGAGAAUUUACUGAUGAUUCUGAACAAGAGUUGGUGGCUGGAGUACCAAGAGGGAGCCAAAAUUUUGGAUACGUCUCCAUCAUUGACUCUAACCAGAUGAUCUACAUUUACAAUUUCACAGGUGAACAGAUGGCUUCGUACUUCGGAUAUACAGUUGCCGUGUCAGAUGUAAACAGUGACGGACUGGAUGAUGUCCUGGUGGGGGCGCCGCUCUUCAUGGACCGUGAAUUUGAGAGUAAUCCAAAGGAAGUGGGCCAAGUCUACCUCUACUUGCAGAAAAGUCCUCUCGUUUUUAAAGAUGCCCAAGUGCUGAAAGGGACUGAAGUGUUUGGAAGAUUUGGCAGUUCUAUUGCAAAUCUAGGGGAUUUAAAUCAAGACGGAUAUAACGAUGUUGCGAUCGGCUCUCCAUUUGGAGGGGAAGAUAGAAAGGGGAGAGUAUUUAUUUACAACGGGAACAGAAAUGGAUUGAACAAGGACCCUUCCCAGGUGCUGGAGGGGUCCUGGGCCUCUGGCACCCAGCCAGCUGGAUUCGGCUUCACCCUGAGAGGGGAUUCAGACAUAGACAAAAAUGAUUAUCCAGAUCUUAUUGUUGGAGCCUUUGGUGUAGAAAAAGUGGCAGUUUACAGGGCCCGACCUGUAGUUACAGUGGAUGCUCAGCUUCUCCUCAACCCUACGAUUCUAAAUCCUGAGAGCAAAAGCUGUCCGCUCCCCCACUCUGACACCUUGGUGACUUGUUUCACUGUGAGCGUCUGUGUAAAAGUGUCAGGACAAGGCAUUCCACAUAAUAUAGUCCUGAAUGCUGAUCUUGAGUUGGACUGGUUGAAACAGAAAGGAGCUGUGAAGAGGACACUGUUUCUUGACAGUGGCAUUGCGCAGAACACCUUUGAUGUGGUAGUGGGACGGGAAAAGGAGACGCAGUGCAAAAACUUUCUUGUUUAUCUAAGAGAAGAAACUGAAUUUCGCGACAAACUCACUCCUAUCACUGUCAACUUGAAUUACAGUUUGGAUGAAUCUGCCUACUUAAAUGAGCAGGAAUUAAAACCCAUAUUAAAUCAAUUUAGGGAGCCACGGUUGCAGGAACAGGCACACAUUCUCGUAGAUUGUGGAGAUGACAAUAUGUGCAAUCCUGACCUGAAACUUUCAGCCCAGUCGGAUAGGAAACAGCUAAUCAUAGGAGGGGAAAACCACAUCCUUUUAACCAUAAACGCACGGAAUGAUGGCGAAGGGGCUUACGAGGCCGAACUCCAUGUCAAUGUACCUGUGGCGGCAGAUUACAUAGGCAUCGAGCGACACAUGGAGGGUCUGCGGCAGCUUAACUGCGAGUACAAAAUGGAAAAUGAAUCUCGGAUGGUAGUAUGUGACCUUGGAAACCCCAUGGUGGCCCUAACCAACCUCUCACUCGGCCUCAGAUUUAAUGUCCAGAGGUUAGAAAAUGCAGGCAGCAUCAGCUUUGAUCUACACGUGAAAAGUUCCAAUAAGGACAAUCCCAACAGUAACUUUGUUAGUCUAGAAAUCCUUAUAACCGCCAUGGCCCAGGUAGAGAUACGAGGUGUGUCUAAUCCUUCUCACAUCAUCCUGCCCAUUGCCAACUGGGAAUCCAAACAAAAGCCAACCGAGGAAAGUGAAAUUGGGCCACUGGUACAGCACAUCUAUGAGCUUCACAAUAUAGGACCAAGUGCAGUCGGCGAGACACACCUUAGCGUGGGAUGGCCUUCACAGAGCCGAGAAGAAUUUCUACUUUAUGUUUUUAAAAUUGAUACAGAAGGACCAAUAACAUGUCACCCAAGUAGUGCCAUUAACUCCUUAGACAUACAGCCGAGUGAAGCAGAAGCAACUCCGGGAUUAACGGCUUAUUUGCGUAACUCAAGCGUAUCUCAAGCAAGGAGUCGCAGAGACGUGGCUGUGGCUGAGCCCCUCAGGCACAUCCCCAUCCCAACUAAACUGCUGACGUGCAGUAAUGUGAAAUGUUUAACCAUCUCCUGUAACGUUUGGCGUCUAAAUAGCAGUGAGAGUGCCGUUAUAAAGAUCAAAUCAAGGCUCUGGGCAGAAACAUUUUUACAGAGGAAGAAUGAUCAUUACUCUCUGAUGGCAAAUGUAUCAUUUGAAGUCAAGAAUAUGCCAUACAACAUUCAACCGGCAAAGCUCCCUGCAGCCAGCAUAGCGAUUAAGACAUCAGUGAUUUGGGCCACUCCGAAUGUCUCAUUCGCCAUACCUCUGUGGGUCAUCAUACUUGCCAUAUUGCUUGGAUUACUGGUUCUAGCCAUACUUACGCUCGUCAUGUGGCAGUGCGGAUUUUUCGACCGGGCCAGACCACCGCAAGAAGACUUAAUGGAUGACACAGAGAAGUUAACAAACAAGGCUUCUGAAGCAUGAACUGACACAUUCUUUCAGACUGCAAUAUGGAAAGUUAUUUUUCUACCAAAAAGAUGCCUUCUUGAAUGUACAGCGUCAUUCAGAUGCUGAGUUGGUUCCGAGUGGUGCUGAACCAACCCAAUGAAAAGAUCUCAGAAAAGGUUUCACGUGGAUGUUACCAGGUUCUAAGCAGUUGUGCUGGAACACAAAAGAUGAAAACUUUACAGUCUUGCAGUGAAACUGAGGUCUCAUGAACAAGUAACUGAAGGCAGUGCCUAUAUUACUGUGGGAUUGUACAGGACUACAACCAAACCUAAAACCACUACUGUUCUGUGGACAAUACAGGAUUGACUCUGUGUGGGAACAGAACACAAUUGCAUCACUGAGAAGGAUGCAAAACAUUGAGUGACUGCAUAUAUAAAAGUGUCUUAAAGA